AAAUGAAAUAAGUGUCGAGUUGGCGAAUGUUGUCGUUCUUCUGCAAUUUCCCCAUUUGAAGCUUUUCUCAUUCUUGGAAACGCAGAAACGACAAUGGCGCUAUCCAAAGGCUCUGAAACGGCAAAACCCAAACCGGUUAUACCAUGGAAGGCGCGCAUUUCAAUAACCUUUAUUUCUACGAUUACCGACGCUGCGCGUCGCUCUAACGGCACCAUUAAUCGCCGUCUAACGAACCUUCUCGAUCUCAAGGCACACGCCAGCUCCUCACCCGUUAAUGGUGUUACCUCUAAAGAUGUCACCAUUGACGCCGAAAACAAACUCUGGUUCCGAGUAUUCGCCCCCGCAGUCUCCCCCGCCGCCGGCACCCUCCCCGUCGUCGUCUACUUCCAUGGGGGUGGCUUCGCGUUCCUCUCGCCGGACUCCCUCGGCUACGACGCCGUCUGUCGCCGAAUAUGCCGCCACGUCCCCGCCGUCGUUGUUUCUGUCAACUACCGCCUCACACCGGAGCACCGGUACCCGUCACAGUACGACGACGGUGAGCUCUUCCUCCACUUCCUCGACGAGAAUCGCAUGGUACUGCCGGAAAACGCUGAUGUGUCAAAAUGUUUCCUUGCCGGCGACAGCGCCGGGGCUAACUUAGCUCACAACGUCGCAGUUCGGGUCGGGAAGAUGGGAAUCCGGGAAAACGAGGUUGGGAAUUCAGGGCUUCGGAGAAUCCNACGGCAAGACGACGCGGCUAGAAAACCAGACUUUUCGUCUGUGUUUAUUCGCUGGCGUUUUUCUUCAAGAAGCUCGAUGCACAACCAUUGA